AGCUAAGUAUUAAUUAGUUUUUAGUAUUUCGUAAUANUUUCACGGGCACAAACCAGCACAACACAGCAAUCGACUACACUGGAAAUUACUACAACUCAACCAUGGUUAGACGAUUGUUUAAAGCGAGUCAAUGAAAUACGAGCCAAUCAUCAAGCACCACCCUAUACAAUGGAUCCCGAUCUGGUAAAGUAUGCUGAAUGGAGGUGCCCAAACGCCGAUGCCGGUCACUUGCAGGACGAUGAUGCUCAUGGUGAGAAUAUAGCACAGGGAUGGGCUCCCAGUCCUGGCAUUAUUGUUGACGUGGACUUCAGAUCGUGUUCAGCUGUCAUGGAUUAUUGGGCGUCAGAGGAAGUGAACUACGAUUACGCUGGUCAUGGUGCAAACAACCGUGGUGAAACUAUGCACUUCACAGCACUUGUUUGGGUCAAUUCGACAAUUAUUGGGUGCGCAAAGUGUCCGAGUCAUGCCUACCAGAUAAGCGUUGUCUGCAAUUUUCAAGCGCCGGGAAAUAUUGAGGAGCCGUCCUAUGAGGCGGCGAAUGUCUUUCCGCCACUCGAUAGCAAUAUCCCAUAA